UAAUGGAAUUUCUGUAUACAGAAUAAUAACUGUUUUUUUCUAGGAUGUAAAUAUAAAAAAGUCCCUCGACGAAACAAAUGAAAUUACUAUUAAACUCCAAAAGCAGUUCAAUUCCUACAAAAAUUUGAUUAAAGAAAGAAAUGAAAGAAGUGAGAACUUAUUAGAACUAAAAUUUACUUUAGACAAAAAUCUACAGAAAUUGAAUGAGAUAUACAAUAAAUUGUCCAUCUUAAACAAGCAACAGAAAAUCGUGCAGGAAAGCAUUUCACAACUAAAUCAAGAACUUCAACAAAGAUCCGAUGAUUUUAUUAAGAAAAUGACAGAUAUGGACAAUGAAUUAAAAGCGCUCUAUUCUCAGUUUCAAGGAGAAACCCUAACCAACCUAUUGACUGACUUGAAUACUGAACUGCUUUCGAUUGAAGACACCGCAGCUCAACUUGAGAAAACUUACGAAAAACUGAAGCAAUCUCCAAACAACUUAAGCGCAUACGAAAGGCCAAAGAUUUUGAAACUUGUUUUUGCCGAUAUAUACGAAUAUAAAGAUUUUGAGGAGAUCAACAAGAAACUGGCUAACAAAAAAAGAAACGUACAGAUUCUAUCAGCCGAGUACAACAAGAAAAUGGAAUUGUUGCAAAAACUAUCUUAAGACGAGUUUAUUUACUUCGUAGUUUCUUCGUUUAAAUAAAAUAGUUUUAGAAAAAUAAAUUUAUUUUGCAUAUUUAAACCUUG